GGCUGUGGGCAGGACUCCGGCCAAACUCAGGAGCUGCAAGCGGGGCACAGUACGAUCCGCCCCCGCCCCCCUCCACAGGCCUCCUCCCUCUUCCUGCCUCUCGUUACUUUCAGUUACAGUUUGGAGCCUCUGAUGUCAGCCUGCCUGAGCCUCUCCCUGCACCAAUCGCCACCUGGCUCCCCAACAAACCCUGCGAAGCCGGAAACCCAACUGCAAACCCAAACCGGCCAGCGGGCAGGGGGGCGGAGAAGCCCUGGCCCCGACCCGCCAGCUCCCACCCCCUCCGGGGCAGGAUGGAUUAAACAGACACGUCCCCCUGGCCGCGACGUACGAGGCUCGGCACAAGCCCCGUAGGCGGCCGGCUCCAAGAUGUCUCUGUGGAGCCUCGUCUCGCACAUGCCUCCGGAGCACUUCAGCGGCCUCUUCGGGGAGUUCCCACGCGACCUGCGCAGCCUGCUGGCCGACUGGCUGGAAAACCAGCCGUGGGAGUUCAUCACCGGCGCCGACUCCUUCUGCACCAGCGCAGCCGGCGCGCUGCUCUCCGCCAUGGUGGAAAAGCUCCGAUGCCUUGCCGGCGGCAACGAGCAGCAGCGUCAGGUCCUCCAGCACAUUAGUAACCUGGAGAACGCGUAUCGGAGAGACCCACUGAGGCUGGUGGCAACUGUGAAAGGAAUUCUGGAGGGCGAGAGAGCUGCCUUGCUCAAACGGGAUCGCCAGCUGCCGCUCAGCUUCCACCGCAGGCAGGAGGAGCUGAAGUUCGGGCUGGACCUGCAGAGGCUCCAGCACCGAGUCGGGGAGAUCCAGGUGCUCCAGGAACAGUGGAAGCAGAUGGGAGACGGGACCAGAGCCUGCCGGCAGACAAAGUUGCAGGAGUCCCAGCUGAAGACAGACGGGAAACUCCAGGGGAACGAUCUGCCCGCUCUCCUCCUGGAGGCCGUGAAGGAGCUGGAAGGCGCCAAGCUGCAGGUGCUGAAGAGGCUGCACAUCUGGAAGCGGCAGCAGCAGCUGGCGGGGAACGGGGCUGUCUUCGAGGAGAACCUGGCUCCGCUCCAGAAGAGGUGCGAGAAUCUGGUGGACAUUUAUUUCCAGCUGCAGCAGCAGGUGGUGGCGGUCGGUGGGGAACUGGGCUCCGACCUGCUCUCCCGGCUUCUGGAGCGGCUCAACUCGGUGCUGAGUGCCCUGGUUGAAAGCUCCUUCCUGGUGGAGAAGCAGCCCCCACAGGUGCUGAAGACCCAGACCAAGUUCCAGGCCAGUGUACGUUUCCUGCUGGGCGCCCGGCUGCUCCAGGCCUCGGCGAAGCCCUACGUGGUCAAAGCCGACAUGGUGACGGAGAAGCAGGCCCGGGAGCUGGCGCUUGGCGGCUAUGGCACCCCGCUCAGCGAAAGCACUGGGGAGAUUGUGCACAAUACGGUCGCCCUGGAGAUCAACUCCACCAGCGCCACGUCCUGCGCCACCUUCAAGAACAUGCUGCUGAAGAAGAUCAAGCGCUGCGAACGCAAGGGCUCCGAGUCGGUAACGGAGGAGAAAUGCGCCGUGCUCUUCAGCACCGAUGUCACCUUGGGUCCCGGCCACCUGCCCUUCCACCUGCAGGCCCUGUCUCUGCCGAUCGUGGUCAUUGUGCACGGGAACCAAGACAACAACGCCAAGGCUACCGUGCUGUGGGACAACGCCUUCUCCGAGCUUGAGCGGGUCCCAUUCGUGGUGGCCGAGCGGGUGCCAUGGGAGAAGAUGUGCGAGACCCUCAACCUGCGGUUCAUGGCGGAGGUGCAGACCAGCAAGGGGCUGCUGCCGGAGCAUUACUUCUUCCUGGCCCAGAAAAUCUUCAACAACAGCAGCGCCAGCCCUGAGGACUUCCACAACCGCAGCGUCUCCUGGGCCCAGUUCAACAAGGAGAUCCUGCCUGGCCGGGGAUUCACCUUCUGGCAGUGGUUUGACGGGGUCCUCGACCUCACCAAGAGGUGCCUCAAAAGCUACUGGUCGGACAGGCUCAUCAUCGGCUUCAUCAGCAAACAGUACGUCAGCAAGCUGCUAGGCCAGAAGCCCGACGGGACCUUCCUGCUGCGCUUCAGCGACUCGGAGAUCGGCGGCAUCACCAUCGCCCACGUCAUCCGCGGCAAGGACGGCUCCAUCCAGGUGGAGAACAUCCAGCCCUUCUCCGCCAAGGACCUGCACAUCCGCUCCCUGGGCGACCGCAUCCGAGACCUGGCCCAGCUCCGCAACCUCUAUCCCGACAAACCCAAGGACCAGGCCUUCGGCAGCCACUACAACAAGGAGCAGAUGGGGAAGGACGGCAGAGGCUACGUCUCCACCGCCAUCAAGAUGACGGUGGAAAGUGAAAGGGAUCAGAAGCUGCCCCCCCAGGAGUCUCCCCAAGUCGGCCUACCCCCCGGCCCGGCGAACAUGUACAGCUUGCCAGGGCCACCCCCCGAGCAGCCCAUGGACAACCUGUGCCAGGUGCUGGCACCCGACAUGUGGUAAGACCCCAGCUCCCCCCCUGCUGCUUU